AUGCCGAAGAAAAAGACGGGGCAACGCAAGAAGGCAGAAAAGCAAAAACUUCGGCAGAAAGAAAUUCGCAAUGCAAGAGGGCAUAUUGACUUAGCACAACACCCAUGUAACCUUCCAAUGGAUUGUGAUAAGUGCCAAAAGAAGCAGAAGAGUCGGGCGUUCUGCUACUUUUGUUCGGCCCUACAGCGCCUACCAGUUUGUGCGCAGUGCGGCAAGGUGAAAUGCAUGCUGAAGUCUGGUGACUGUGUGGUCCGGCACCCCGGUGUAUACACUACCGGAUUGGGAAUGGUGGGUGCAAUCUGUGACUUCUGUGAGGCUUGGGUGUGUCACGGGCGAAAGUGCCUGCAGUCACACGCCUGCACCUGCCCUCUUCAAGAUGCGGUCUGUCUGGAAUGUGAAAGAGGAGUGUGGGAACACGGAGGACGAGUCUUCAGAUGUUGCUUCUGUCAAGGUUUCCUCUGUGAAGAUGACCAGUUUGAACAUCAGGCCUCUUGUCAGGUGCUCGAGUCUGAAACGUACAAAUGUCAGUCGUGCAACCGCCUGGGGCAGUACUCGUGCAUGCGAUGCAAGACCUGUUUCUGCGACGAGCACGUGCGUCGCCGCGGCACCAAGCCGUCGAGAGGAGCGCCGCCCUGUCCGCGCUGCUCCUACGCUCUGCACCUCACUUCGGACCUCGCCCUCUCCACUCGCUCCCACCGAUACGGGCGGCAAGGCGCGGCCGCCGCCGACGACGACGACUACUCUUCGUACUCUCACUCGGCUGCAUUUGAUGAAAGCCGAGAUUACACUUAUUCAGAUGAGGAUGGGUCGGAUGAGGACGACGACGACGACGAUGAGGAUGAGGACGAGGACGAGAGCUCGGAAGACGACGAGGAGGGCGACAAAGGCCCGACCCCUGGCCCGACCCCUGGCCCCGCAGACACCUAG